UAAUUAAUUAAUUUUUAGAAUCUUCCUUUAUUAUUACUUAUUUAUUAUUUAUAGCUCUUUUAAACUUUUUUAAAUUCUCACAGUUAUAUCGUUAUUUUUUUACCUUUGUGCAGUGUACCUCAGUUUCCUACCUACAUAAAGCAAACACCGAUGUUUUCAAUGAAUUAAACCAAUCUUUCCUUAAGUUUACCAAAGUUUUUCUUUGGAUUAAUACUGUACAUGGAUACAAGUUGGUUGUUUUCAUUUUUAUUUAUUCUUAUCACAUCGAUUCAUUCUACCUAAUAUCAGCUGUUUUUAUUUACUUUCUGGAGACUUUAACGGUCGGUAACACGGUAUCUUAAUUUUACCUCAAACAUAUACGUAUUCCUAUUUACGCUAUUAAUUUUUAAAAUCAUAUAAACUAUUAACUCUUAUAAUUAUGGAGGAGCAACUUGCAUCCAUAACAAAAACAUUAAAUGAGAUCAAAUCAACGCAGAAUAAGUUGAUUCAAUCGUUCAAUGACCAAAAUAAAACAAUAAAAAACUUCAAUAAUCGUUUUGACGAUCUUUUGAAUCAAAUAAAAAAAAUAACUGAUGAAAAUAUUCUAUUAAAUAACAAGGUUUCUCAACUUGAGCUCAAGAUCAAAAAUUUUGAACAGAAUACUACAUCAACAUCUAAUACAACCCAUUUUGAUAUAAUUAACGAAAUUGCUGAUAGACAAUCGAGAAUAAAUAAUAUUAUUCUGUUCAAUUUGCCCGAACCGACUGAAACUAAACCUGAUAGUGACCAAAUUAAACUAAUUCUUGAUGAAAUGGAACUAAAAAUCCAACCUGUUAGGUAUUUUCGCUUGGGCAACCCUUCUUCUCGAACUCGUCCAUUGAAAAUCACGUUCAACGAUACUAAAAAUGUAUUUGACAUUUUACGAGCGCAAUCCAAAAUCCGUUCCUCAAAUCAAUUUAAAGAAAUAAGAUUCUCUUCGGAUCGCACUAUGAAACAGCGUGAACAGAUGUCAAAGCUACGGCAAGAACUCGAAUCUCGUCGCAACAAUGGUGAACAAAAUAUUAUUAUUAAAUAUAUUAAAGGUAACCCAACUAUUAUUAAUAAUCCAAAAAACUAA